CUCUGUUUUUAAAAAUUAUAAUUAUUUUUCUGUGUUUUUUGCCUUUUUUUUUUGUUGUUUUGUUUCGCUUUCCCCCUCCCGUGGCUGAUGCAGAAGCCAGGCUCUGCCUGGUGGCUCCGGAUCAAUAGCUGCUAGCACAGCUGAAAACGACGACAGUUGGUGGAAGGAGGGAGGAGGAGACAAGCCCGGAGGAGCAGCAUUUUUACCUUGCUUUAUCUCUGAAAAGGCCAGGAGCAGCCUUGUGCCAUCCUGAGCUCCGCUGCCCUUUACCGGCAAGGUAUUUGGUUUUUUCCCUUCUUCGGCGAGCUUGGCUUUAUAGUUAUUUUUUUGCGCCCCCCCCUCCUCGUUGUUGUUGUACCAGCUGAGUCAUCAUGUCUGCUCUGACGCCUCAAAGCGACAUGCCAACCCCCACCACAGACAAGAUCACUCAGGCUGCCAUGGAGACCAUCUAUCUUUGCAAAUUCCGAGUGUCCAUGGAUGGAGAAUGGCUCUGCUUGCGCGAGCUGGACGACAUCUCCCUGACACCCGACCCAGAGCCUACCCACGAAGACUCUUGGGAGGAUUUGACAGAGGUGGUGGAGCAAUUGCGUGCUGAUCCUGAAGAUCCUAAUUAUCUGAUGGCUAAUGAACGCAUGAACCUGAUGAACAUGGCAAAGCUGAGCAUCAAGGGCUUGAUUGAGUCAGCUCUCAACUUGGGCAGGACACUGGACUCAGACUAUGCCCCUCUGCAGCAGUUCUUUGUCGUGAUGGAGCAUUGCCUUAAGCAUGGCUUGAAAGCCAAAAAGACUUUCCUUGGGCAAAACAAAUCGUUUUGGGGCCCCCUGGAACUGGUAGAAAAACUGGUUCCUGAGGCUGCAGAGAUUACAGCAAGUGUGAAGGAUCUCCCAGGGCUGAAGACACCUGUGGGGAGAGGAAGAGCCUGGCUUCGCCUGGCUCUGAUGCAGAAGAAGCUUUCAGAGUACAUGAAAGCCCUGAUUAACAGAAAGGACCUUCUCAGUGAGUUCUAUGAGCCUAAUGCACUGAUGAUGGAAGAAGAAGGUGCCAUCAUUGCUGGCCUCCUAGUAGGUCUGAAUGUCAUUGAUGCAAACUUCUGCAUGAAAGGAGAAGACCUGGACUCCCAGGUUGGAGUUAUUGACUUCUCAAUGUAUUUGAAAGAUGGGAACAGCACAAAAGGCAGUGAAGGAGAUGGUCAGAUAACUGCCAUUUUGGACCAGAAGAACUAUGUAGAAGAACUCAACAGACAUUUGAGUGCUACAGUGAACAACCUGCAGGCCAAGGUGGAUGCCUUGGAGAAGUCCAACACUAAACUGACUGAGGAGCUUGCAGUUGCAAACAACAGGAUCAUUACCCUGCAAGAAGAGAUGGAAAGGGUUAAAGAAGAAAGCUCUUACAUCCUAGAGUCCAAUCGCAAGGUUGCUAAAGACAGAACUGCUGAUGGACAAGCGCUGACAGAGGCACGGAAACAGCUGAAGGAGGAGACCCAGCUGCGGCUGGAUGUGGAGAAGGAGCUGGAAGUGCAGAUUGGGAUGCGGCAGGAGAUGGAGCUGGCCAUGAAGAUGCUGGAGAAAGAUGUUUGUGAGAAGCAGGAUGCACUGGUGGCACUCAGGCAGCAGCUGGAUGAUCUCAGGGCCCUAAAGCACGAGCUGUCUUUCAAGCUGCAGAGUUCAGACAUGGGAGCGAAACAGAAGAGCGAAUUAAACAGCCGCCUGGAAGAGAAAACAAAUCAGAUGGCUGCCACCAUCAAACAGCUGGAACAAAGUGAAAAGGAUUUGGUGAAACAGGCAAAAACCUUAAACAGUGCAGCAAACAAACUGAUCCAGAAGCACCAUUAGAGGUUUUUGUGGCCGGGUCACCUCACAGCUCUGCCAUCAGAACUCAUUCAUGAGGGGAGAACUUGAGAAUGGCUAACAACAAAAACAAAACAAAAAUGUUUCAUUGUCACCUAGGGUUGAGUUGGGAUUUGCUGAGUUUUUAAAACCAGUGAGGUUGUUUGGGUUUUUUUUUCUUCAGAGAUUUAAGAGUUGGGGGGGGGGGGAAUAUAUAUAUAUAGAUACAACCAACCAACCAAAACCCACCUUCCUUUUGCCAUUUAAACCAUGUCCAAGUACCCAUGAGUUGGCCAACUGGCACACCAGGAGUGGGAGAUGUGUGGCUCUGCCCAUCCUUGGUGCUGCAGCCCCUGCACCAAGUCUUCAUCAGCAGUGGCUCCUUAGGGGGUGGUGGUCAAGCCCCCAGCAGCAGGUUGGCCAGCUCUGCCAAAGUCUCAGCUGGUGUUCUGUGUUUCCCCCUUCUUUAGGUUUGGUUUUUUGUUGUUGGUUUUGGUUUUUUCUGGUGUGAAAUAGACCCUCCUUCUCCCCCCCCUUUCCAAACAAACCCACCCCAACCAAACAUCCCUGGAAGUUGUUGAAAGUAGUUGUGUGCAUCCCCCACUUCUGUUCCGUGGGCCCAAGACAGGGCUGUGGCUCCGCAGCUCGCUCGCAGCCCAAGGAGGCUCCAAGGGGGUUUUGCCUUAGUGACUUGGUGGCAGGGUGGGGACUUCUCCUUGUUCCUUGAAAUGUCCUGUGUCCAGAAUUAGUAGCUAGGUGUCUUAGAGUAACAUGAUAGAGUGGUGAGUUCAGUGGAAACCUCCUUACCUUUGCAUUGCCUUCUACCUCCGCCGUGGAUCCCUCCAGCCGUGCGGUGUGGUUCUUCCCACAGCUGAGGAGAGGUGUCUUGGUAGCUCUCUCCUCUUCCUAGCAAGGGAAGGUUCAUGAGUUACAGAGCAAAAAGAAUCUGGUCUUUAUACUCUGAAAAGAAACAACAGAAACACCCAGAAGGAGCAAAACUCUGCAGUGGUGGGAAGUGGAAAUGGUCCUUCGGUACCUGAGCAUUCCUGGUCUGAGUGGUCCGUGGGUGAACAGGGAGAGCUGCCUUUUACUGCUGCACUUCUUGCACUUGCAUCCCAGUUCCUCUUGCUCAGUCCCAGUGGGAUUUGCUUCUGAAAGAGCCGAGCUAAAGCUUGGAACCAGCUCUCAAUAGGACAACUAAUGGCCAAUUUAACACCCCAGUGCAAGACUUUAAGUCGCUGUAGCUUGGACUAUUAUCGACUCAAAUCCUCUUUCCCUGGGGCUGCUGAAAUUCCCCCUGCUGGCCUGGCACAGGCUGUAGGUUCUAAGCACUCCUAGGGAUUUGGUUUCCUUUCCAGAAGAUGACAUUUGGAGGCUUUCUCUGGUGACUGAGGGCUGGGUUUUCCCUCUGGUGAGAUGCCUGUGAAGGCUCUGUGGUGCCAGUUCUCCUUUGGUCCUGCUCCUCGGGGCAGUGGGUGGCAGCUGUGACUGAAACACAGCUGGGGAAGCAGCACCCAUGGGUUCUUGCUGGGUUGGUUUGAAGGUCUGUGAGGCUCCUGUGUGCAAGCCUGUGCCACCACUUGGUCAGUGGCCAAAAGCAGGCUUGGAGAGCUGUGCUAAACCUCUGCACCAUGCCUGGGUCGCAUGCUUGAAAGUACAAACUUAGCCUUCAGUAACCUUUGACUAGAAACUCAUUUUAACUACCUAGAAACAGAAGAAAACAAUGAUAGGAAGGUGGAAGCUUCCAUCAGGGCACCCAAGCAGUUAGAACAGCCAGCUGCCCUGCCCCUCCUCUGGUUUCUUCUGUAGGAACAGGGGGUUGGGCUGGGCUGGCUUUGUUUGCUGGCACCAUGGUGCUGAAAUUAGACAGAACUGAGGAGCUGGCCACUGCCAGUGGCAGGCCAGGAGUGGAGGUGGUGCCCAGGCAUUGAGGAGCUGCCUACUGCUAAUGGCAGGCCAGGAGUGGAGGUGGUGCCCAGGCAUUGAGGAGCUGGCCAUUGCUGGUGGCAGGCCCUCAGUGGAGAUGCCCAGGCCAGAGUGGAAGCAGCCAGGCCCACGCACUAACUCUUGAUUCUAGUAGCUAACCUCUGUCGCGAGUUCCAGUUCCAUGUGUAAAAGCUGAGCUGUAACCUACAUUCAACUCCAGAUCUGACUCCAGUUCUGUGUACUCAAGGUUUGCUUUGACCCUGGAUAAAAGUGAUGUUUUCUGUUUUUUCAUCUACUGGCUGUAAACUGUAGUAAACUAGAAUAAAAAGCGAUUGCAAGUCC